AUGCUUUUGCUUUUUCCCAUCUCUUCCGUUCUAGCUACGGUACACCCCAAAGAACGUCGAAACCGACACCCCACAACGAUGCCGGCUGAUAUUAGUGACAAGGAGGGGAAGCCCGUCAAAGAGGGUGAUGAGGUCUUCACGCCCAUCCGGGGCGGUCGGCACGAGGGGACCGUCGAAAAAAUUGUAAUAUCAGAGGAAGAAGCCGAAAGUGAAGGCGUCAAGCAUCCACCAAAGGUUCUUUUUACGGACCAGCAUGGCCACGAUGUCUCCCAUAAUCCUGGCACUUUGCGACAUACAGAGAAGGAUUGA